UGGAGCUACUAAGGGUGGUUCCCUGUAUCACGAUCUCAACCCCCUAUAUAUAUAAAGAAAGAAUUUUUGGUGAAUUUUGUUUUGUAUCUCAAAUCGACACCAUGAACCCACUGUUGUUUUUACUGAUUGGUAUAGCUUCCGGUCUGCCCAGACACCCGCAGAAUCGGAUCGUGAACGGCGUGGACUCUGGACGAGGGGAGUGGCCGUGGCAGGCCUCCCUCCACUACGAGACAAGCCGAGGCUCCUUCUCUCACAUCUGUGGUGGAUCCCUGAUAAACAACAACUGGGUAGUCACCGCCGCACACUGCGUCGAAUUCGACAAUAACAUGAACAAGUUCCGAAUUGUCCUCGGAGAACACAUUCAGAGUCAGGACCACGGAUCAGAACAAACCAUCAACGUAGCAGAGAUUAUCAUGCACGAGCAAUACAAUGGGGCAGGAAGCGGAAUACCAAACGACAUUGCGCUUAUCCGUCUGGAAGAACCCGCAGACACAUCUCGAGGGGAAAUUGGAACGGUAGCUGUGCCUAGCUCCUCCAAUCAGGAGUUUACUGCCCGAGACACGUGCUUCAUCAGUGGCUGGGGGAAAACUAGUGCCGACGGUGGUGUAGCAGACGUUUUGCAGCACGUGCAGAUUAACGUUUUGACCAAUUCUGACUGCAGUUGGCGAUGGCUUUUCCAGAGCAUUCUUUCCACGCACAUUUGUGUAGGUGGCGGGACUGAAUCUGCGUGUAAUGGUGACUCCGGUGGCCCUCUUGUUUGCCAGAAGAACGGUGAGUGGGUCUUGGCGGGUGUGACGUCAUGGGGUUCCUCCAACUGUCAGAACAUGCCCAAUGUGUACACCCGCGUGUCCAAGUACUUGUCUUGGAUGGACACAAAGAUGGCAAACUGAACAAAUGGGUCACAUUGAAAAAAAUAUCUUUGUCACAUUCUGAAAUAAACAAAAAUAAAAAACCGAACAAGUCGA